AGUUAAAUUUCCUCCCUCAUGUGUCUACUCCCUAAUUCAAUCAUCGUUGAAGUCAUCCUAUCCAAACCCACUUUCUCUCCUUAAAUCACAUAUUUCAAAUUCUUUUUUCUCUUGAAAUAACGAGAAAAUAAUGACAGCAACAGCGCUUUCACCAUCAAACAAUUGUCGACUCAAAUCUCAAAUCAUCCCCUUAACAAAACACCUCACCAAAACGAUCACCACAGCCCCAUUUCACUUCACCAAACGCCGCUCCUUCCCAUCAUUCGCCAUUAAAAACGAGCACCAAAACAAGACCGCAGUUCCCAGAAACCCCUCAAAGAUCCCACCUUUAGUUGUGGUUGGCUCAGCCAAUGCUGACAUCUAUGUAGAAAUCGACAGACUUCCAGGUGUAGGAGAGACGAUCUCAGCUAAAAAUAGUCAGACUCUUGCCGGAGGAAAAGGGGCGAAUCAGGCUGCUUGCGGGGCAAAACUUUCACACCCCACUUACUUUGUGGGGCAAGUGGGUGAAGAUGCUAGUGGGAAAUUGAUUACUGGGUCUUUGAGUGAGUGUGGUGUUGGGUUGGAGUAUGUGAGUGUUGUGAAGGGGAAUCUGCCCACUGGACAUGCGGUGGUGAUGCUGCAGGCUGAUGGGCAGAACUCUAUUAUCAUUGUUGGUGGAACAAAUAUGAGUGGUUGGCCUGAAAAAUUUGAUGAUGAGGGCUUGAAGGUUGUUAAGAAUGCUGGGAUUGUUUUGCUUCAAAGGGAAAUUCCUGAUUCUGUCAACAUUCAAGUUGCAAAGGCGGCAAGGAAUGCCGGUGUUCCUGUCGUUUUAGAUGCAGGGGGAAUGGAUGCCCCAGUCCCGCGAGAGCUGUUUAACUUUAUUGAUAUCUUCAGCCCAAAUGAAAGUGAACUUGGUCGUUUGACUGGAGUGCCAACUGACAGUUUUGAACAGAUUAGUCAAGCUGUGUUGAAAUGUCAUGAAAUGGGUGUUAAGCAAGUCCUGGUGAAACUUGGAGCCAAAGGGUCGGCUUUUUUUGUAGAAGGGGAAAAACCAAUUAUACAACCUGCCAUAUCCGCUGCAAGAGUCCUAGACACUACCGGAGCCGGGGACACUUUUACUGCUGCUUUUGCCGUGGCUCUGGUGGAGGGCAAGUCCAAAGAGGAAUGCUUGAGAUUUGCCGCCGCAGCUGCUUCUCUCUGUGUCCAAGUGAAGGGAGCCAUUCCUAGCAUGCCUGAUAGGAAAUCUGUUUUGGAUCUUCUUCAGUCUGUUUGAGAAUAUUCUUGUUGCCAGGUAGCAAUGUGCCAUGAACUUCUGAUAUGCAUAUAAAUAAAAGUUAAAGUCACUUUUUCUUUUCAA